AUGAGUGAAUUUCUUCCCGGUGUUAACGGCCCCGCCACUGGCUAUAGCCAAGCUGAGGCUUCUGAGCACGCGGAAGACCUGGUGCUGUUGGUAGACGCCACGGCGAACGACUCGGAUGGGAGUACAAACCAGGUCGACGGUGAGUUUCCCGAAGAGAACAUUGUCGAAGAGACCUACUUUGUUGCUGAUUCGCAGGAUACGAUCCUUUUUGUGGCCCGGGCAACGAGUUCAGAUCUGGCUGGAACCGACGCCAUUCACGAGAGGCUCAGAGAAUCGCUGCUGCUCACUAGCCGAGAGUAUGAGAAAGCUUAUGCCGAAAUCCAAUGUGAUGUGGAGUACCUGACCUUCGUGCAAAGCUCGGACCGUGCCUUCGUCCCAUAUGUGGAAGCCAAGUUCGCUGAGCUCUUUGCGAAGCAGGAUUCAGUCGAUGCAAGACUGAUUGCUGUGAUGAAUGUCUUCGAUGGGCUAACCACUCACGAGGCUUCUCUUUACUACCUGCUCGAAGGCCACACACACAUGUGCGAGUUCUUCGUUUUCGAGGACCAUCCCGGCGAGGAGGUUUCCCGAGGUCGAAGGUUCUUCCAGGUGGACACUGAUCAGGCUUGCCAGAUACGUCGAGGGGAUAAAAUUCUUAUCUAUGAUGCAGGAGUUCUUGACGAGGUGGAAUCCGAUACUAGAUCUGGCAUUGUCUAUGACGAUGAUCUGGAAUUCUCGACCGCCCUCUACGUUCGGGCUAUUCGGUAUAUCUGCCAGCAAAAAAGAGGUGUCUCGAAACAUUUCCAGAAGCGGGUCUCUUAG